AAGCCCAACUCACCUGCCUUGGACACUUGUUUUUGCAAUCCUUCAUCAGUUCAGAGAAGAAAAAGAAAAAGAAAGGAAGAGGCAACAAGAACUUCUCUUUUUAUUUCAUCUUAGAGAUUUGUCAAGAUAAAAAUAAACCUUUUUUUUCAGUUGCCUCCAAUCUUGUUGUGAAAUCAAUAAUCUUGGAAGAUAUCAGAGAGUGAGAUAAUUCAAUUUCUUCAUCUCUUGAAGCUAGCGAGUGGGAAUUAGAUUAUUGGAAAUUAUGGGAAGGCCACCUUGCUGUGACAAACUCGGUAUGAAGAAGGGGCCAUGGACUCCAGAGGAAGACAUCAUACUGGUUUCUUACAUUCAAGAACGUGGUGCUGGGAAUUGGAGAUCAGUUCCUACUAACACUGGUUUGCUGAGAUGCAGUAAGAGCUGCAGACUUAGAUGGACUAAUUAUCUCCGCCCGGGUAUCAAACGCGGUAACUUCACCGAUCAUGAGGAGAAGAUGAUAAUCCAUCUCCAAGCUCUUUUGGGCAAUAGAUGGGCAGCCAUUGCUUCAUACCUUCCUCAGAGAACAGACAAUGACAUCAAAAAUUACUGGAACACUCACUUGAAAAAAAAGCUGAAAAAGCUCCAGACAGGGCUUGAUGGUCAUGACCAUCACAACGACCAGGAUGGUUUUUCAGGUGAUUCACUUGAUCAGCCAAUCUCCAAGGGUCAGUGGGAGAGAAGGCUUCAGACAGACAUCCACAUGGCCAAGCAAGCUCUUUCUGAGGCUCUCUCCAUUAACAAACCAAGUAUUAUUAGUACUAGUGCUACUACUUCUCAUGAUCUUCACUUGCAAGCCUUGAAGCCCUCCAUUAAUAUUGGUAAUUACAAUAUUAAUGAUAACCCUAUCACAAGCACAAGACCUCACCAAGCCUCCACAUAUGCAUCCAAUACUGAUAACAUUGCAAAAUUGCUCAAAAACUGGAUGAAAAAUUCGCCGAUGGUUUCCACUCAUCAAACAAACGCGGAUCAGGCCAAUGCUGAUCAGAUCAAUUCCUUCAAUAACAACAACAAAGGUGGCACUACAACUAAUAGAGGUUGUUCAAUGAGUACUUCUAGUGAAGGGGCGCACAGCGCAGCCACUACGCCGGAUCAGGCUUUCGAUUCAUUGUUCAGCUUCAACUCAUCCCCAUCUGAUGUGUCUCAGUCCAUGUCAGUCGAUGAGAACAAUGCAAAUUUCACAGCAGAUCAGACAAGCUGUCUGUUUCAGGAUGAGAGCAAGCCCAAUUUGGAGGGACAAGUCCCUCUCACAUUGCUGGAGAAGUGGCUCUGUGAUGAUGCUGCACUUCAUGCCCACGAAGACCUAAUUAACAUGUCAUUCGAGAAUGGUGCAGGCUUGUUUUGAAAAGGAAAAAAAAAAACAAGAUCAAGCACUAUAUUACUAUAUUAGGGUUUCUUUUGUUUAAUUUCUCUGAAAGUUAGGCUUUGGAGCUGUAGCUAGCCAGCAGCCUUGUAGUACUCUUUUUAUUUUGUCAACUAGCCUAAGCAGAAAGAUAUCACCACCUUAAGCAAGAAACAGAAAAGUGUAAGUUAAUUAAAAGUAUAUCCAUGUUUACAUAUCUGCUUUUGUUCUGGAGAAUAAUGAAUCAAGCUGUUUAAUUUCA